CCCGCCCCGUUUUUGCCCAUGUGCGGUCAAAAGAUGCGUUGGAAAGCUUUUAUCGGAAGAUUUAUUAAUUCGCAUGUUUAAUUAUUUCAUGUAAAGUCAAUCUUCGGUGUAUUUAUCAGCAUGGAUCUCGCCGCAAAGGAUUCGUACAUUCAAAAACUUGCAAGUAAAAUUUUUUCCCAGCCAGAAAAGGAGCCAAAGAAGAGACCGUUUGUUCAUUUCAAGGGUAAAAGAGACACUGAUCCACCAAAGAAGAAGAAAAAAUGUAAAAAGAAGCAUUCUAAAGACAAAAACACUGAUGAGAAGAUAUCAAAACUCCAACAGAGGCCUUCAGCUUCUCCAGCAGCUCAAAAAAGCCUGACUGCAGCCAAACAAAAUGGAUCCAAAACUACUGAGACCAUGAAUGGAGCCAAAACGCAGAUACUUAAAGGAGGAACUGUAGACUCCAGUUUAUCCACCGUAGAUGUGUUGCGCAAGAGGCUGCAUGAAAAGAUUGAGGAGUCCAGAGGGCAGGGAGCGCCAAAGGAUGCAUUAUCAGAGGCAGUCCAGGCAAAGCGUGCUAAGCGAAAGCUGGAGAGGGAGCGCAAGAAGAGGAAAAGGAAGGAAUUUCUGAAGCAGAAACUGGCUGAAAAGAAUGACCAAGAGCAGCCAGCAGAGAUCAAAAAGGAAGUACCACAGCCUCCGCCCACAAACAAAAGAGAUGAGACUGCUAUUGUUUUUAACAAGGUAGAGACAGUGGAAGAGGUCUAUGUCGAUAAAAUGCAGAAAAAGAAGGAAAAGAAACAAAGUGUAAAGGGUCAGAUAACUCCACUGAAGGGAAAGAACUACAAGCAGCUGUUAAGUCGUAUUGAGGCUCGCAAAUCGAAGCUGGAAAAGCUGAGAGAGAAGGAUGAGAAUAAAGCACGCGAGAUGGAGAUGAAGAUGAAAUGGACGAACGUGCUUUAUAAGGCAGAGGGCAUCAAAAUCAAAGAUGACGAAGACAUGCUGCGUGCCUCUUUAAAGAAGAAGGAGAAGCAGCGUGCACAGAGGAAGAAAAACUGGGAACAACGUAGCCAGAACGUUAUAGAAAAGAUGCAGCAAAGGCAAGACAAGAGGAAAAAGAACAUCCAGAAACGAAAGCAAGUCAAAAUAGAGAAGAAGAAGAACAGGGCACGGAAGAAGGGCAGAAUUCUGCCAGAGGACUUGAAAAAAGCCGCAGUCUAGAGGAAGAAAAUACUUAUUUCUACAUGAGCUGAUAAGCCAUUUUUUAACAUACUGUAUAUGAAAGCAAAUUGCAUGUGCAAAUAUUGUUCCCUUUCUUCCCCUGCUGGAGUAAUAUAAUGUGUGUCAUGAUUAAUAAAGUAUGAUCUUUUAUUACUCUGAAAA